AUGAACCUUCAGGUCCUGGUCUACCUGGAUGUCCUGAUUGUCUUUGGAAAGUCACUGGAGGAACAUGAGGAAAGGCUCCUCAAAGUUCUGGAUUGUCUUGGAGAGGCUGGCCUAAAGAUCUCCCUGGACAAAUGCCAAUUCUGUCAGCCACAUGUGAAAUACCUCAGACAUAUUGUGUCUGCGCAGGGCAUCUCUCCCGAUCCACAGGAAAUCAAGGCCGUUACCCCUUGGCCCCAGCCCCAAGAUCUGAAGACUCUGAGGUCUUUUUUGGGUUUUUGUGGGUACUACCGGAGGUUUAUAGCCAACUAUGCCGCCAUCGUGAGAGCACUUCUAGAGCUGACCAAAGGCUAUGCCCCAACCCAAAAGAGCAGGAAAAAGUGCCCAGAUCCCACCAAGACCUACCUGAAAGAGUCUGAGCCCUUUGGCGAGUGGCUGCUGGGUGUGAAUAGGGUGGUGAUCUAUAACACCAGCUGUGGCCCAGAACUUGACCGCCUGUUGCAGAGCUACAGCCAAGAGGGCUUUGUGGAGAUGGUUCCUUGGCCCAUUGACCAGCAUCUGAAUCCAUCUUCUGGCUGGCUCUUCUCAAAGAGUGGUGGGGAUGUGCACUACUUCGGCCAGCUGACCACGCUUAAUGAAUGCAUUUACAGAUCCAUGGACCGGUCCCGCUACGUCAUGCUGAACGACAUAGAUGAGAUUAUAAUGCCAUACCAACAUAACGACCUGAUGUCACUGUUUAACACGCUCCAACAGCAGCAUCCAAAUACGGGGGUGUUCCUCAUUGAGAACCAUACAUUUCCCAAGAAACCCUUUGAGGAAAGUAAAAAGGGCCCCCUGCCUCAAUGGAGAGGGGUGCCAGGCUUUAAUAUUCUGGAGCACAUCUACAGGGAGGAGCCCGACAGAAACAUAUACCACCCCCACAAGAUGAUAGUUCAACCAAGGAUGGUGGAGCAGACCUCAGUACAUGAUGUGCUGAAGAUGUUUGGAGACAAGUUUAAGGUUCCACCAGACGUCUGUCGUAUCAUUCACAGCCCAAUCAGCACCCCGACACAACGGCCACUGGAGCAGCUCCAUGUGGACACUCGCCUGUGGGACUUUAAAGAAGAACUGCUCCCCAGUGUGAGCAAGGUGCUGAGGAGAGCUGGGCUGCUGAGUUGAGAAGGCAGUCAGAGAGACGGACGUACGCUCAGAUGGACAAACAAGCUGUACACUUAUUAUAUAGCUCCGUAAAGCUUGCUGCAGAUUCUGGUGAUAAUUCUCACUUGGUUCAUCACUAUGAGCCACCCAUUUCCCAUUGUCACCUUCUUUUUAUAUUGCCAUUUGAUACAUUGUUGUUACAAAAAAUAAUGUACAGUAAAUCUGUCUCCCAACCUUCAUAAAACAGUGAAGCACACCUCACAUCAAUGAUCUAAAAAUCAUGAGGAAAUGCAACACUGGUCCUUUCUUAGAAACCGCAGGCACCUGAUAGGGAAGGGGGAGGGUGCAUCUGAACUGGGCUGGAUUACUUUGCUGUUUGCCUGGCUGACCUCUUGGAGUGGAUGUCAAGGCACUGCCUCAAGUCAAGUUACAUUUCUUACAAUGUCAGCUCAAUAUACUUCACACACAGCAAAUAUGAACAAAAUUAAAUUAAACAUGAAUCCAUAUUUAAGACAGCGAGGCGGUGGUGGUACCACAUGCCUGAGAGAACAGGUAAGUUUGUUUUUAAAGGACAACACAGGUAUGGUACAUCUUAUAUUACCAGGCAGUUUGUUCCAGAGAAUUUGUCCAAAAUAAAUUAAUGCACCUUCAUCAGAUGAGUCUAGUUAGGAGAAUGGAGUCUUAUGAUCUGAGAAUUCUGUAGGGUUUAUAAGCAGUGAGUAGGUCAGAGAUAUAUUUAGGAGCUAUCCAAGUGAUUGAUUUGUAAACAGCAAGCAAUAUCAAUUCUUUAUUUUAUAUAAGCCAGUGAAGUGAUCUAAGUAUACAUAUAGGAGUGAUAUGUUCAGUCUCUCUUGUCCCAGUGAGUUCUCAUGAUGCAGCUCAUUCAAAAUGCCGCAGACUACUGUCUGCGGCAUUUUGAAUGAGCUGGAGAUGUCCCACAGUCCUUUUAGGAAGACCGGUCAAGAAGAUCAUUACAUCAAAACCAUUGUGGUUUUUUUGUCUUUCAACUCUUCCAACAAUCACCCACUUUGGUUGUGUUGAAAUAAAUCCUUGAAGCUAGGCUAGGCAAUUUAUUUCAGAAGCAGUUUUUUUAUAUUUGUUGAAAUUCUCUUUACUUCCCAACAGCAAUAAAUAAAUCAAAUGCACUGAGACAUAAAAACAUCUGUAAGCAUCUGUAGUGUUGUAUUGAUCAUGUUAGUUGUUUAAAAGGGACACACUUCAAAAUUUUGGAUGAUAUCUAGCUCUACCGCUACAAGGGUAGAAUGCACUUAGUGAAAGUACAAUUGGACAAAGGCAUCUGCCAAAGGAAUGCAAUGUGGGCCUACUUGUUAAUAAAAUUUAGCCAUUUAGCAAUUGGAUGUUUCCCAUUUUAGUUAUCCUAGAGCCACCAUGGCUCUAUGGAUGGCAAUGUUGUUACACUAGUUUGGUCUAGAAUACAUCUCGACAACUCAAAUUUUUUUUAUAGCCUAGGCCUAUAUCUUGUCUUGCAUCUUGUAUCUACAAGAUGGAUUGGCACCAACUGUAAAGUCAGUCAUUGUUCCCAGACAUCCCCUAUUUUUUCCUCUGGUGCCCUUAUCAGCUACUUUCCAUUUAAUGCAAAUAUUAGCAUGCUAAUACUGUCAUUUAGCACAAAGCACUACAGGGCUUAAGCAAUGCCCCACAGACAAACUAGUGUGGUUAAUGACUAUCACUCUUGUUAAACAGGAAAAAGCUUGUGGAAGAACAAGAUUUUUCUGCCCACAAAUUUCAGUAUGACUACUAUAAUGGAAACCGGGACUAAGCUUGUAUCGGAUUGAUCAAAGUCAGAAGUAAAUGUGACAAAUGACUUAAACAAUUGCUGAAUUAAAGCUAAGGCUAAUACAAAUUGCA